AAGUGUGGGGACGGCCACAGCUUGAGUACGGAGCUAACGCCGGCUAGGUACCUCAGGUAUCCAGCGGCAAAUACCUACACUUAGACUGAAGCAUUUCCCUCCCUCACUUAUAGCGUAUAUCGCACACGGAGAUACAACAAACCAUUGAGAAAAUCAAUUUCUACAAAUAUAAUCUACCAAGAUCGAUUCUACUCGCCAAAAACUCUCGAAUUUGUCAACCACUACAAUUGCUUGAUUUAUAACUAUGACGACACUUAAUUUCAUCACCAGUAAUAAGAAUAAGCUGGCGGAGGUCAGAGCUAUAUUAGGCAGCGUGGUCGAUGUUCAAAGCGAAGUAGUCGAUGUUCCUGAAAUACAAGGUACAAUUGAGGAAAUAGCAAAGGAAAAGUGCAGCCAUGCAGCGAAGGCAGUGGGAGGCCCGGUUUUGACCGAAGACACUGCUCUCGAAUUUCUUGCUCUGAAAGGCCUCCCCGGCCCCUAUAUUAAAUGGUUCCUCGAAGCAUUGGGCCAUGAGGGACUAAACAGGAUGCUUGACUCGUUUGAAACGAGAGGCGCUGAGGCCGUGUGCACUUUUGCGUUUUCUCUUGGACCUGAGUCGGAACCGAUCCUGUUCCAGGGACGAACGGAGGGCACGAUUGUGAGACCCAGAGGACCGACAAAUUUUGGGUGGGAUCCGAUAUUUGAGCAUGGAGGCAAAACGUAUGCAGAGAUGGCCAAGGAGGAAAAGAACAAAAUUUCUCAUAGAUACAAGGCUCUCGUUAAGUUGCAACAGUGGUUAGCUGAACAACAACCAUAAGCCAACGCGCCGACCUGGACCAGGUUGAUACCCUACCCACUAUGGCUCUAUUACAGGUUUUCGAGUACUUCAAUCUGUAUUCUUCGCUUGGUCGCUUUUCCAGUUGUCUAUCCAUGAACAGAUCCUAGCGCAAUUGCUCUCUACAUCGCCAUCCUCUUCGCUAUUUAGUUCAACCACGAUUUCACCGUCAAAGGCCUCGCGCGCCUCUUCGACAAGGACACCGAAGAUCUCGGCAUCUAGGUUUUCUUGUAGUUUUG